AGGCGACUCGUGCAUAACUACCAACCUACCAACUAGCUGAUUUAGCUAGCUUGCUGCACAUUUUAGACUGUCAACCAUUUUAAAAUAACGAGAGGAGGACCACAUAAACUCUUCAGUCAUCAAAAUCUGAAGGGAACAGAGGCUGGACAUGUCAGUUGACAAAGUACUGCGCCUAAGGGCUCCACUGAUUGUUGCUUUGACUUUGUUGUCCUUUGAAGCAAUCUCCAUCGUUCAUGCCACCAGGAGUUUUGAAGAUAUACGAUGCAAGUGCAUCUGUCCACCAUACAGAAACAUCAGUGGACACAUCUACAAUAGAAAUGUGUCGCAGAAAGACUGUAACUGCUUGCACAUUGUGGAUCCAAUGCCUGUUCCGGGACAUGAUGUGGAAGCUUAUUGUCUGCUCUGUGAAUGCAAAUAUGAGGAACGCAGCAGUAAUACAAUCAAGAUAACCAUAAUAAUCUACUUGUCCGUUGUGGGCGCCCUGCUGUUGUAUAUGCUGUUCCUGUUGCUUGUUGACCCACUUAUCCGCAAGCAUGACCCUUACAUUCAGCCACUGCACAAUGAGGAAGAUGCAGAGGUACAGGACAUUCGGACUCAGGCUGAGGCAGCCCAGGGUCGUGGGAGCACUGUUCUUGAGCGGGUCGAGGGGGCCCAGCAACGCUGGAAGAAGCAGGUCCAGGAACAGCGGAAGACUGUGUUCGACCGUCACAAGAUGCUCAGUUAAGCUGCCAAGGCUGCUGUCAGCCCUGAUCUCCUCUCCCUAGCCCUGAAGUGCUUCUACCAAGCUCAUGCUUUAAACAAAGAUCUGGAUAUUAAGUAGCACUGGUCUUCUUAAGAAACAACACGUCUCCAUUUGUCUAAUAUAUUCAACUACACUGGAUUGUGUAUUAAGUGUCUGAAAUUGAAUUUACACUUAAACUCUCUUGUAGCCUGAUAGGGAAACUACUGCUACUUCAAUCUGGACUCUGGCUUUCAAGAAGUCUGCUUCUGUUGGUAUAGGGUUUUCUGGAGUGAUUGUUCAUAAACGUGAAGCUACACUCGCAUCAUCUCACCUCGCUCAAGCUAAGCAAUUAUGCUGCCUCAUGGAAUCACCAUGCAUUUGGUAUACCGUAAUUUCCGGACUAUAAGCCGCACCUGAAUAUAAGCCGCACCAGCGAAAUUUAGGGAAAAAAACAAAUGUGUACUUAAGCAAGCCGCACUGGACUAUACUGUAAGCUGCAGGUGCUAGACCAUAACCUGUAAUAUCCAUAGGUUGAGAAGCCCCCCUGGCCGUUAAAACACACAGAUUAGCCGCACUGUUGUAUAAGACGCAGGGUUCAAAGCAUGGGAAAAAAGCCGUGGCUUAUAGUCCAGAAAUUACGGUACAUCAUUUGGCAUUAUUUACUAGUUGUAUUAUUAUUUGUCUUUAUCUACCUUGUUUUGCCAUUUAUUUUGCUAUGCUGCUACAAAUGAUGUUCACAUGGAGAAAAGAUAUCAACUUUAGGAUAACUUCUUUGGUCUUAUUCACUUUGGCUUUAUUAUUAUCGACAUACAGUACACAAGCAAAAGGACUGGUUUUCUUUCAAUUGAGUUGCACAUUUUUUCAUAUGAUUAUUGUUUUUUUUAUGUGGUCUCUAUUUCUCGAAAGGGCCAUUAACACCAGGAACGGUAACUAUAACGAUAACUAUAACUAAUGACAAGAGCGUCCACGCUGACCACUGGUAAGGAAAGUCUCUUACUGUAUCUCCGUGUGUUGAUGAAUGUGAUGGCCAAAGUGUAAUGGAUUCUGAUUGGCUGUCAGCUUUCUAUCAUUCUCAAAAUUGAAAUUGGUCUCCAACAAUAUCGUUGUGUCGUCAUGUUAUCAAUAUAGUAUGUGUGGACGCUUUCAUGAGCUAGAACGACACUGUUUUGACGUUAUUGGUAUAGUCAUCAUUUGUGAUGUGAAUGGCCCGUAAGAAUAUACAUCCAGUUUUAUAGAAAUUGGUUAAUGAGAUGUACCAGAUUUUCAAUUGCUAAUAUUUCUUACUAAUUACUCGCUAAGUACUUACUUGCUAAACUUACUACGGUAUUUGUAGAAUAUGUAAGGUACAUUUCUAAGCAGGAAAUGAAUGAUUACAGUUGGCAUGUUACUGAGAAGACAAUGAAUUUUCAAUUAAAUCAGUUUUAGCACAAUGUCAGAAAUAUAAUAUGGGCUGCAUCGCUAGUCUGCACUUUCUCUGAAAGAUUCUUAAAAUCUACCUUCACUGCACCUCUGUUUUGGAGGGUGAUUAACAAAUAAUUUAUGUUCUGUUUCAUUUGUAAUAGUUUUUAAAACUAUUACUUGAAUGUGUUGUGACAACCAUAAAGUAAAUGUGAAAUUGCAGUUGUUUUGCACUGGAUUUUAUGUGAAGUACAUAUAAUUUAUUUGUUUUAUUAUACAUUGUACCUAUAUUUUCAUGCUUGUAUUGUACUUGGGGAGCAUAAAAAUAAUAGUUUAAAUGA